AUGGUGAUCCCAACUGCUAGAACAAGUGCUCGUGAUCCUGAAGAAAAUGCUACAAUCCUAGCUCAGGAUUUGGAUACUAUUGAGGAAAACAGGGAUCUAGCUAGGAUAAGGAUGGCAAGCUACCAACAAAGGAUGGCUGGUGCCUACAACAAGAAUGUCAGGAUAAGGAAGUUCCAAGUCGGAGAUAUGCACCAAAAUGGGAAGGUCCCUACUUGA